GUGGCGAAACUGCGGAGAACACUCCAGUACUAUAUGGUCCUUUAAUCACGGCAGAUAUUUACAAUGGAGAAUGUUUCAAAAGCGAUGAAAAUAGAAGUUUUAGGGUGAAAACACUUGAACCAUGGCUGGCAUUUACUGUAAAAAUACCACUGAUUGCCAAAGACGGAAACCUGACAGGUUUGUUUCUUUAUCCACUAUUUAAAAAACUCAAUAAUUCAGGAGGAAAACACAAAGAAAAAUCAUAAGCGUGUCGUAUCUUUAUAUGUGAUAAAAAAUCAUGUUAAUUUACAUAAACUUUAGCUUUGAUUUUCUCGGUUUAGACAAAGUUUAUUUUAAACAUUACUUCGCUAGUGUACUCAUCAGAAGAUGGGUCGUUUUUUAAGCCAUUAAAAGCACUUGUAGUCGUGUUUUAUCAGAUAUAAAACGCUCGGCUUCUCCUCGCGUUUUAUAUCUGAUAAAACACUCCUACGCGUGCUUUAAAUAGUACUUAAAACGUGAGGCAGCAGUGUUUUAUCAGAUAUAAAGAUACGUGGUGAAGCCGAGUAUCUUUACCUCUAGGUCUGAUGAAACACGCACUGCGAAUGUUUUAAAUUGCUUCAAAAAUGAUCGAUUUAGUACGUUGUGUAAGUCGAGAAAACAAGGUUAAAGUUCAUGUUAAUCAAGGGGAAUCUCUAUCACAUGUAAAGAUACGAUACUUUGAUCUUUGUGUAUUUCUUCAUGAAUUAUUAAUGUAUUUUUGAAAUAUUUGAAACAUUACCAGAAGGCAGAAACGGCAAUUUGCAAUAUCGACGUACUGUAUAUCUUCCUUUCAUUGUGUUCCCUCUUAGAAACUCGCCCUCAAAGUAGUGGCGCCAUUUUGUUGAAGUGCAAUGGUACUGUUAUCAACCUGGAUCCCGUACUGUUCACAUGGCUCGCCUAUUAUCCACGUAUGUCCCCUGUGGUCGAUGCCUCGUCACGUGGUAAGCAGUCGAGAAAAGCCGUCAGUAGAUCUGUGUCAGCGGUUACACCCAGAAAGAAAAGCUAUGCAAGAGGUAUGAAGACUGAUAAUACUACAUCAAUACAAAUGGAUUUUUCACUCAGGAAAAUUUUCGGCAGAAUUUGUAAAAUGUGAUUGACACAAAUUUUCCGUCGUAAAAAAGUUUUGAAGCUGAAAAUUUUCAACUUUUAGCAAUGAUAUUUUCGGAAAAUUUUCUGUCCGUAGAACUUUUUCUUGAGUGGAAAUGGACCUUUAGAGUUAGACUGGAAGCACUUUCCUCACACGGGAAUGAGCCGAAAAUAUGACCAGAUAAUUAUCUGCAUAUUGCAGGAUAUUGCGGGAAUCGACCCAAACCCCAUGCGAAGCUUACGUGAGCAUGUUUUCUAUUCAAGGUCACAUAUCACCUUCACAUCCUCGUAAGAAGAGGAAGCGAUACUCGCAGCAAAGAAAACGUCAGGAGAAUGUCCAGGAAAGUCCCGGUCAAGAUUUUGACGGCUGGGUCUGGGAAAAACUGCCUUUGCUUGCAUCUGUUGUCAUUCAGGUAUUGGCAAUCAUUAUG